GCAACUUAGCGGUUACAGCACCAAGGGAACUCGGAACCACGGGAGGCGUGCAGCCAAGUAUACGACGCUCAAGAUAGCGGGCCCGCGCAGACGAUCCCCUCCGGGCCUCCUGUUCGGUCUGCAUUCAACAGGCGGGAUACCGGACGAAAAUUCUGAUGAGUCUGUCGCAUUUGGUCACGCGCGGGGAGAGGAACACCGGAGGACAAGGAGAGCGGAGGUAGACAUCAUGCCCGGCUGGAUCGCCUUCAUCCCUAUUCUCUUGGUGUAUGGUUCUGUCGUCCUCGCGUGGUUCCUCAAGAAGUUCCUCCGCACUAAUCCCGAGGCCCAGGUACAGUCGGAGGAGCAGGUCCGUCAGCAGCAGACAGUGGACGAAGAACACAAGGAGAAGACUGAAUAACUGAAUUAUAUGCUGGGCUCUUGGAUGCAUAGGAUUUUGCAAAGACUUGGCUGAACUGAUUCCUGAAAGCGGAGUUCUCAGUGAAGAACUACACAGGAUAUCCCACCAGGCGAGGAACACAGUUGAUUUAUUCAGGUCCUCGCGAGUCUUAGCAAUUGGCAACGGUUGAGACGACGAUAAGAAAAUAAUAACGCCUUUAUGUAUGCGUUUGUGAAAGUUCAGGUUACACACGACUUCGAAAAGUUCUGGAAAUAGCAGUUCCUUAUGAGACACUUCUUAACUGUAAUUCUUCAUCAGUGAUAAAGGUCACUGAAGGAAUCCGGAAUAGAAUUUGGAGCUUUAGGUCGAUAGUUUUCUCCACCGCCAUUUUCAACUUUUGGUGAUUAUGAAUAAGUGAUGGAAGCCUCCUAUUAAAUUCUAAGGAUUAAAAAAACGAAACGCAAAAAGUUGAUUGGAGAUUAAGUGAACCUGAGCAAGACAGAAAUAAAAUUCGAAAAUCCAAAGAUGUCUUCAGACGGCGAGCAGAAGCUACUCGAUGCGUUUGAUAUUAGGGUGGAACAGCUAGACUACGGUUUCCUGAAGGAGUGCGAGGAUGAUAAGACAAUCGAGCGGAUAAUUCGAAUCUUAAGGUCUGGAGAAGAAGGCUUGUAUCCUGACCUCCUCAAGUUCGCAGAGGACAGGCUGGCUGAGGUGAAUCCCGAAAGCCGGAUGCUGUUGGAAGACCAGCCGGCAGUUCACAUUCAGGAUCUCCCGGCAGACCUUUUGCAAAGCUUGGAGGCCGAUAUGGAGGCUUGGUCAGCAAAGGUCAAAGCAGAGGAGGAUGAUCUGACCAGCCUGGAGGUCAUCCGAGGUCCUCUGCCCCCUGUGCGCGGGUCAGCCAGAGCAGGUUCCGCGCCACCCAGGAUCUCCUCGGAGGAAAUCCAGAGACUGCUACAAGAGGCUCAGAAUUAUCUCCAAGACGACGACUUCUUCCAGGCGUCCGUCCGCUACCAGAAGGUUCUCGAAUGCGAGCCUGGCCACCCCGGAGCACUCCAAGGCAUGGCGAAGGUGCACGACCACCAAGGCUUGAAUAGGAGGUUGUCAGACGGUGGGGGUUGUGGUCGUAGCAGUAGGGUCGUGCAGGAGGUCUAGUGACUACCCUGAUAUAAACCCAUCUGCCGUGUUAUGAACCAGAAAGAGCCUGCCGAGUUCGGUGGUCAGCCGGAGAGGUUCCAGAAAUGAAAAUCGUUCUCCACUUCGUUUGCAACUCAUCUGUAUCCUCCACAUAAAGGGUCAACACUCAUGUAUUAUGCAAUACAACCCAGAUGGAGGAACUCACAUUUACGAGUGUAUAUAGUCUAAUGUACACAUACGCCACAACUUUUAUUUCAACUAUCCACUAUCAACUAUCUCUGACCACUUGAGAUUAUGAAUAUGACGGCUAAUCUGAUCAAUCGUCCUCUUACUAUUGAUGGGAGUCUGUAGAUAUGAUAAGAAAGCAUACUGUGCAAUUAAAUGCAUUCUAUAUACCAUUCACGAGUACAUCGGUGUAUAAAUAAAAAAAACUAAACACAAAA